AUGAUUCAGGAGAAAAACUUAGUUUUGGCUAUCAUUCACGUUGUGUUCCCCCCAGGCAUCACCGUGCUCCUGGCCCUGACGUUGUGUCUAAGCAUCACUAGCACAAUGCUGCCUCGGUCUGCCACAGACAUGGCUCUCCUUCUCAUCUACGUCUCCAUCCUCCUCGUCAUCUCUCUCCUCACCGUCGUCGUCACUGUCAUUGUCUCCUUCUUCCACUAUAAAGAAGAGGUGAGACCUACUGACGACCAGGCUAGUGUACUGAAGGUGCAAGUUUACUUUACUUUGAUGUACAUUGUUGGUCUUGAUGACGUCACUGCAACAUUCACCUGUAACGGUUUUCUCAGACUGAGCUGGUUUGAUCAGCGUCUAACUUGGAACGAAAGCGAAUACGGCGGUGUUACAGUUAUUCACCCGAAGCCUCAACAAAUCUGGAGACCUCGGGUUAUGCUUCUAAACACGGUUGGAGAAAGAGACAUCUUUAAGGAUGAUUUUGUGCCUCUACUAGUGGACAAAUCAGGAUACGCUUCAUGGAUUCCGGGCGCACUCUUCAACGUGCACUGUGAGAUGGACGUGACCAACUUCCCUUUCGAUGAACAGACGUGCACACUGGAGUUCUUCAGCAUGAACUAUAUACUUGCUGAGGUCGAGUUCGUUUCCGAGACAACCACGGUGUUUACGGGCGUCCUGAAGCCCCACGGGGAAUGGGAUCUUCUCAACGCAACAAUCAUCGCUUAUGGAAGUAAACUUUCGGAUGACAACUUGGCACCCAUUGAAAUCGAGAUCAAGCUCCGUAGACGGCCAAUGUUCCUGUUCAUGAACACUAUACUACCCAUCAUGGUCCUUUCCCUUCUCAACAUCAUGGUCUUCCUCAUACCACAGGAAUCAGGAGAGAAACUCAGUUUUGGCAUCACCGUACUCCUGGCCCUCACGUUGUGUCUAAGCCUCACUAGCACAAUGCUGCCGCGGUCUGCCACAGACAUGGCUCUCCUUCUCAUCUACAUCUCCAUCCUCCUCGUCAUCUCCCUCCUCACCGUCAUCGUCACUGUCAUUGUCUCCUUCUUCCACUAUAAAGAAGAGGAGAAAGUCUGA